CCGUCUUUGAAUGACCAAAGGAAAGGCAUAGCAUUAAAAGCCUUCAAAGAACCAACGAUGAAUGACUCAAGCGACGAUGAUGAAGUCAAGCUUGUCAUGAAGAAGUUUUGUAAACUUCUAAGAAAGAAAGAGAAGGUUGAGGAUGGCCCUGUGUGCUAUGAAUGUGGUGAAGCCGGGCACAUCAAGAACAAAUGCCCGAAAAGCGGAAGGAAUGCUCAGCACUUCAAAAGGCAAAGAGCAUACAUCUCCUGGGGUGGAGACUCCGGCGAUGAAUCAAGCGAACAAGAGGAAGAAGAGGAAGCAAAUCUUUGUCUCAUAGCUCAAGAAGAAGAGGAGUCCGCCAACAACGAAAACCAAGAGGGAAGCUUGUUUCCCUUGGUUGUACGAAGGAAAGGUAUUUUCCUUCGGGUUGAAGUCUUGGAGUGCGGUAUCUCCGAGCAAGGAUUCUCUGAGUACCUACAACAAGAUCCUCCCCAGCCAAACGACGACAACGACCCCCUCGUGGCGAUGGUGAACCAAGCAUGGUACCAUAAUAACUAUAUCAGCAUCAACUACAUCCUCGAAGGGUUGGCCGAGACGUUGUACCCCGUCUUUGCCGGUGCAAAGCUUGCCAAGGAGCUUAAGAGUAGCUUGAACAAGAAGUAUCAAGCUGAAGAUGCCGGCACAAAGAAGUUCAGCAUCGGGAAGAUGAUGGACUACAAGAUGGUUGACAGCAAAUCUGUUGUCGCCCAGGCUGAGGAGCUUACGGAAGACUUCCAAGGUGAUCUCAAGCUCAAGAGAACUGAGCUGAACCUGGAGCAACUGCUCACGCGGUUGAGAAUCCGAGAGGAAGAGCUUGCCAGAAGAGGUGGAAGGGCAAAGGUGAAUGUGGUAGAUCAUCCUUCGGGCUCUUCACAUGGUAGAAAGGACAAAAAGAAAAUAUGUCCUAAAGGUGGCGUUUCUAAAUUUGCAAGGAAGUGCUACAAUUGUGGCAUUACCGGGCAUCGUUCCUCCGAUUGUAAGAAAAAGAAGCCUCAAAAGAACAAGAAGAAGACCACCGAAGCUAUGUGCACAGAGCUCAACAACUUGGACCUCUACGCAGUUGUCACUAAGCUAGGUGAACAUUUUCUGAAAAUGCAGUGAUGACACCUAGGUAAACACCGAUAAAUUCUGUAAAUGUCCGUGUGCAGCUAAAUUCUGUAUAUGUCUAAAAAUGUCCAGAUUUAGCUUGCGCAUUAGUAGUCAUAUACCGAAGGUAUCUCAUCACUCGGACUAUGGCCUUCCAGUGUGGGGGAUUGUUGGAAUUUUUAAGAAAAAUUGGACAUUUUC